AGCUUGUGUUUAUGAACUGCGUAGGGGGAAAAAGGAAUUAAAAAGACACACGAGUCUGGUUCCCGCGCGUAUUUAUCGCACAUUUCAUUCGUGCCGAGCCGAGGCGCUCAGCGGCCUGUUUCCUCAGUGAAAGGCAACAACAUGGCGCGGGGGAGUGAACCGGAGAGGCCGUUUUUGUUCAAGACAUGGCUCAUUCAAUUAGCCGGUGGUUGUUAGUCUGUGAAAGGAACUAUAUUAUUCAAUGCUCCGCGUUCACCUCGUUGUUGUUAUCCGCUUAUAACUGCUUUAAACAACUUCACCUGGAAGCUAGCGCGUGCGCGCGGAGGCUUGUCUGCGAGCGUGCCCGCCAGUGUGCGUGCGUGCGAGCAGGGCGAGUGUCACGGCCCUCUGCAGACUGGGGGGUUGGGUAGCAGCCAUAGCAGCGCGGAUUGGUCGCUGCUCACCAACACAGUCGGUCUGGGCUUGUUUUAACAUAACCGGGGGCACUUCGGCAGCAGCCACACUGAAACCAUGUAGUAAAUAAGCCGCCGUGGCUGUUGGGGGGACCGGCGGGGCCACUGGCUGCAGAGUAAUGGAGAUUGCCGUCUUCUUCGGUGUCUGAGGUGACAGUUUGGUUUUGUUUUUGUUUUUUUAUGGAAAGAGGGCCGCCGCUGAUGAGGCGAUGAGGUGCCGAGAAUGAGAGCGGUGCCUUGGCCUACUUCUUGUGCCGCCGCAGCUGGGAUUGUGCAGAUCUGCGUUCACAAAUCGAGUCAAAACACCCGCUUUGUGUCACUCCUCGAAGGCCCGCUGUUGGGUUGACGGUGACCGACUUUCCAAUGGAGACAAGCAUGACAGCAUGAAUCAGUCUUACAGAGCGGGUCUGAGGGUAGGCUCAGUGUUUGGCUCGACCCAGCCUGAGCUGAGGGCCCACAAUGGCUCCACUUCCUAUGGAAACCGCUGUGGCGUCGUGAAGCGAGGAUCUGCCCAGGCGACGCCUGCACCGCUGCCGCCUUCCAGCCUCAAGCAGACCGCUUUCCUGGGAUACGGCCAGCCGGAGCGACCCUGCUGCUACAGCCCGCAGAGGAGGCCCCAGCAUCCGAGCAAAUCUGACCUCCAUCCUCACCACAACAUUCACUGCGCAAGCCCAAUCGAUGAGGAUGACGAGUUUGAGGCGCCGCUGGUCCAGCUCCCUCCUUCUCCGGGGGACGACGACCUGGAACCUUUUGAGACCUUGCAGGACGGGAGCAGGAACGGCUUCUCCCCUGGCAGUCCGGACAGCUUUGACCGCUGCUCCCCGAUCCCGAACGGAUGCCUGCAUUUUGAGUCCACGCUGUUUGACAGCAGUGACGUUAAGGAGGAGGAUGAGGGUCGCCAGGGUGGCGAGGACCUCACGCCUUUCCACCACCCCUCAAACUCCAACCAGGACAGAACUGCCACGAAGUGUAAAACCACAUGGAGCUCAGGGGUGGACAGAAUACCAUACAAACCCACAGUUUUUAAUCUGAUGUCCAAAACUAUUUCUGAACUGAACCCCACACUCAGCCCCAGUGCUCUGCCAGAAAUCACACUGAGGGACGGCUGGAACCUGGGUGAGGAGUUAGACAGUGAUGUGGAACUCUCCUCUUUUGACCCUGGACUUAUCUCACCAGCUGGCACCAACUCUAACUCCAACAGCCCAAAGAAAAAGCUUCUCCCUGCAGUGAGAUACUCGGAGGGCGACUUGGUGUGGGCGAAAUUCAACAGGCGGCCCUGGUGGCCUUGCCGGGUCAUCUAUGACCCCGAUCAGGGCUUUCAUACUAAGAUGAAAGUUCCGAGCCCCCGUCCAUGUCGGAUGUAUUUCCUGGAGACUGUCGGGGAGGUUGCAGAACGGGCCUGGGUCCCAAACGGCGUCAUUCUUCCCUUUGAAGGAGGCCAUCAGUUUGAAGACCUUCCUGUGCUUAGAAGAAGAGGAAAGCAGAAGGAGAAGGACUACAAGUACACCAUUCCCAAAAGCCUGCUGACUGCGUGGAAAGUCAGUGUGGCAGAGGCGGAGCUCCUGCUCCCAGGUCGACAAAGUAACUCUGCACUUUCGGUGUCUACGGGUGAAGGAGAACGAAUACCAAGCCCUGUUUCUAAGGAAAAAGAAGCCGAUGACCCCUCCGUCUCUCUUGACCUCAUUCAGUCUCCUUUGCCUACUGAGGCUCCUAAUGGUAAUGAGCACCAACCCUUAAAAAAUUCUUCAGUUCAGGCCAAGAAGAUCAAAACUGUCAAGAGGAAAAAGAAAUGUUUGUCCGACAUAUUUGGCCAUAUCGUUGGUGGAUCAAAGGAAUCCGCGGCGAGUGUUGGCAGCCAGCUGAAUUCUUCAAGUCGUGUGCUGAAAGAGGAGCCUAAGGAUUCGCCCUAUGCUGAUCUGGAUUCAGUUCCAAUGCUGCAUCGUCCAAAACGCACCCCAGUUUCUCCAGAACACGACGUCGGCGCAUUUAGGUUGAAGGAGGGCAGUCCAACUGAAUCAAAAAACUCUAGAGUCAAGGUGAAGCAGAUUUUAGAUCUGUCCCAUUCUUCCGACGGCCUUAGAAAUCAGUUGCCGUGUAAAGAAGGAAAAUCUGACCAUAAAUCUGACGGCUGCGCUGAACUGUUGCUCAGGUCGGAUGAAAAAGGCACCACGCCUCUUCCUGCCAGCAACCGCCUGAUGAGAAAAGCUCUGAAAGCAAAGGAAGAGACUGAUCAGAAAGAUGCACUAGCUCCAAAUCAUAUCCCAACCCAAACUCCUCCUCAUCCUCGUACAGAUGCUACGUGGACUAAUGCUCCCAUUAAAACAGAAAUGUCCGAAAACUGGGAUUCCCCCGGUAACGUGUUCCUUCCUAUAAACCACAGCUCCCCGAAACGACGGACCGGAAAGCUCGAGAAGAAACUAGUUUGUAACGGAUCCCUAAUAAAAUCGAAACGCAAGGACGUCAGUGAGCAGCACUUCCAGUCGGUCAAGAUGGAAGCAGAAAGUUCUCAGUCUGAGCCGUCAUCUGCUUCCACAUCCAUGUCCCUGUCUCCAGAGGACGCCUUUCCAGAAGGUAAGGAACUGCGGUUUAAAUCCCUCGCUGCGGACAACAAGGUGACGGAUCCCUCUGUAUUCCGGCCGAAUUCCAGCUACAAAUUCAGUACCUUCCUCAUGCUUUUGAAAGACAUCCACGAUACUAGAGAAAAAGAAGGCAAUCCCCUAAAAAUCCCUCCACCCCCAGCUUUAAUCAAGGAGGAGCCCCUGGUGAUUCCCACUUCAGCCGACCCACUAACAGGUUCAGGUGAUGGUUCAACUCUCAGGAUCAUGUCAGAAAACGGGCAGUCAGGGAAAUCCUCGGUGCCCCAAAGCACACAGAGGAGAGCCAAGUCCAAGACUCAGACUGUUCCAGCAGCUAACACCUACCAAUGUGAAGAUGUUCCUCUUUGCACUCAGUCAGACAAGCAGCGCAGGAAACAAAGACUACCGUCUAAACUUAAAGUCAGGAAGCCUUGCCCGACUGCGGACCUGGCGAACAUGGCUCACGGCAGGGAGUUUGUCAGUGGCCACACCGACCCGCUUGACCCAGGAUCUGAUCCCUUCGCUGCUCCUCCUGACUCUUCUGCCAGCUACCUCGACGGGAACUCCGAAAUCUCAGCGGCUCCAAAGAAGCGCUGGCAGCUGGUGGAAGGUGCUGAUGAGAGGAUGGCGAGCGAUGCAUCGCAGCUUACAGGAGCAUCGCCGGAGGCUGUGCCUGAAACGGAGAAGCACGCAGACAGCGACUCGCUUUCGUCUGCGGGACAGUCGGAGAACAAACGCCUCCGGAAACCAACAAAGAGACUGCUGGAGUCGACGGAGGAGUACGAACAAAUGUUCUCCUCGAAAAAGAGGUUGAAGAAACACGGCUCUGAAUCCUCUAAAAUGGAGACUUUGGGGAUGUCGACUCUCCAUGACUUCAGCGCAGCGGAAGGGUUUGAUACCUCGUCCUCGGUGGAUCCAGCCGAGUCUCAGUUGGAGAUGAGGCCGAGUCUGUCUCAGGAUGAACUGUCUCCUGUAGCAACAUCAGCCUCUCCUGUUUCCCCCCAGCCAUCCUUCGACUCUGAGGCAGCAGAGAAGACUGAUCUACCUCUCGGAUCCGAUACGGCACAAAUUCAAGAAAGAAAGAGGCCGAGAAAGCUUUCACAUAAGGUGCUCGAAUGUACGAUUGAAGAAGUGUCUGCUGCUCCUGCGAGGAGGAAGGAGCAAAAGGGCCUUGCUGACAUCACUUCAGACGUGAAGGUGUUGGUUAAGAAAACUCAGUUUGCUGCUGCUGCUGCUGCUGCUGCUGCUGGGAAGAAGGACCCAGUUCCCAGCGCGUCCCCAGACUCAGCUGUUGCCUCCAAGCUUCCUCAGAGAAGGUCUCCAACCCCGCAACCAUGCAAGAGCCCCAAGCAAGAGGAUGAGACGGAGCCCUGCAGCACUGAGGAGAAACAAACUACACACACUGGAACACUAACUCCCAAACCGGAGGUGCUGCCAACUGGUUUGAAUGACAGUUUCUCUUCCCAAGUGGACGGAAAGGGGAAAACGUCCUCCUUGAAGGAGAACGUCUGUCAGGUGUGCGAGAGGCCUGGAGACUUGCUGGUGUGUGAAGGCCACUGUUAUGGAGCUUUCCACCUGCAGUGCGUCGGCCUGUCGGUCGCUCCCAAAGGAAAAUUCUUCUGUCAGGAAUGCAACACAGGGGAUCAUAUGUGCUUCGUGUGCAAGAAGUCUGGUGACGUGAAGCGCUGCAUUAUCCCGCUCUGUGGCAAGUUCUACCACAUGGACUGUAUUUUAGCGUUUUCAGCCACCCAGCCGCAUAACAAGGGCUUCCGCUGCCCCCUGCACGUGUGCCUGUCCUGCCACAUCACCAACCCCGUCAACGUCUUCAGCUCUAAAGGUCGACUGGCCCGGUGUGUGCGCUGCCCAGUGGCCUAUCACGCCAACGACAACUGCAUGGCAGCAGGCAGCGUGGUGCUGGACAACAACACCUUCCUCUGCCCAAACCACUUCACUCCCCGCAAAGGCUGCAAGAACCACGAACACAUAAACGUGAGCUGGUGCUUCGUCUGCUCUGAAGGGGGCAGCCUCCUGUGCUGCGAAGCCUGUCCUGCUGCUUUCCACCGAGAAUGCCUGAACAUUGAGAUGCCUCAAGGGAGCUGGUUCUGCAACGACUGCAAGGCGGGAAAGAAGCCGCGCAUUAAGGACAUCCUCUGGGUCAAAUGGGGCCGUUACAGGUGGUGGCCCGCUGAGGUGUGUCUGGCCAGAGACGUCCCGAACAACAUCCUGAGGAUGAAGCAUGAGGUGGGGGAGUUCCCGGUCCAGUUCUUUGGCUCUAAAGAUUUCGUGUGGACAUACCAGGCCAGGGUGUUCCCCUACAUGGAGGGGGACACUCACAAUAUCGAGAAAAUGGGGAAAGGUGCAGACGCAAUCUAUAAAAAGGCUCUAAGCGAGGCAGCAGAACGCUUCAAAGAGCUGCAGACAGAGCGAGAGAUGAAGCAGCUCCAGGAGGACAGGAAGAACGACAAAAAACCGCCUCCAUAUCGACACAUAAAGGUGAACAGGCCCAUUGGGAAGGUGCAGAUCAUCACAGCAGACUUGUCUGAGGUCCCUCGUUGCAACUGCAAAGCCUCCGACGAGAACCCGUGCGGCGCGGACUCUGAAUGCAUCAACCGCAUGCUGAUGUACGAGUGCCAUCCCCAGGUGUGCGCGGCAGGGGAACGGUGCCAGAACCAGGCUUUCACAAAGCGUCAGUACACAACUGUAGAGAUCUAUAGGACGCUGUCCUGUGGGUGGGGUUUGCGGGCUGUGUCCGACAUCAAGAAGGGAGCAUUUGUGAGUGAAUACGUGGGGGAGGUUAUAGAUGAGGAAGAGUGUCGAGCCAGGAUCAGGCACGCUCAGGAACACGACAUCUGUAACUUCUACAUGCUCACACUGGACAAGGACCGGGUCAUUGACGCUGGGCCCAAAGGGAACCAGGCCCGCUUCAUGAACCACAGCUGCCAGCCGAACUGCGAGACGCAGAAGUGGACUGUGAAUGGAGACACGCGGGUGGGGCUGUUUGCUCUGCAGGACAUCGCCAAAGGAGAGGAGCUGACUUUCAACUACAAUCUUGAGUGUCGGGGCAACGGCAAGACGGUCUGCAAAUGCGGAGCGCCCAAUUGUAGCGGCUUCCUGGGUGUUCGACCAAAAAACCAGCCCCCAGCGGAGAAGGUCAAACUAAAAGAAGGGAAGAGGAGAGUGGGCAUGAAGAAGAAGACCAAGCAACAAGUGAUGAAGGAGCGGGAGGACGAGUGCUUCAGCUGUGGCGACGGGGGUCAGAUAGUGUCAUGCAAGAAGCCGGGCUGUCCAAAGGUUUAUCAUGCCGACUGCCUCAACCUCGCCAAGAGGCCUGCAGGGCGAUGGGAGUGUCCCUGGCACCAGUGUGACCUUUGUGGAAAAGAGGCUGCUUCGUUCUGUGAGAUGUGCCCAAGCUCUUACUGUAAGGAGCAUCGAGAAGGAAUGCUCUUCAUCUCCAAGUUGGAUGGAAAGUUGUCCUGCAGCGAACACGACCCAUGUGGACCUGACCCACUUGAGCCAGGAGAGAUACGGGAAUACAUGCCCAGCAUGGCCUCUGUGAGGCCUGGCGCGGUGGCUGCACCGGUCCUAGAUGCCAGAAGAGCAUCAUCCUCUUCUUCCUCCUCCUCCUCUUCUUCUCCCUAUGUUCCCAUCUCUUACCCUGACAGCCAAACAGCAGCAUCCAAGCGAGAGCCUCCUCCUCGUCUCUACAUCAACACCAAGACAGCUACCUCCAGCUUCAUCCCCUCCAGCAGCUCCUACCUCGCAGACACGACGGAAGAAACCACGACCUCCUCGUCCGCCUCCUCCAAGGAUGAGAGGGAGGACGGGGAGGUGGAGGAGGGGGAGGUCUGUGCGUUGGACAUGCAAGAAGUGGAGGAAGAUGAAGAGGACGAGGAGAACGACACAGAGAUGUUGGAAGAGAAAGAGGAGGAACCCAUUUAUGGUGGAGAUUUGGUGGAAGAUGAGGAGGGGGAGGAUGAGGAUGACCCCUGGGGUAGCUGUUUUGAUGAUGACGGAGAGGUGGAAGAGGAGGAUUUUGAAUCUUGGGGUAAAUUGGAAGAUGAAAAGUAACUCUUUCUUUAGAAAUCAGCAAGAAUAUUUAGUAGACUAUGGCAGAAGAGAUAUUUUGGUACCUCCAUGAAAGCUACACUGCCUUCACUUUGGUACAACAUUGCCUUCUCAUCUCCUCACUGCUGGACUGACAGCGGAGAUGUGUACCGGUGCUUAUCUCACUUAAUCUUUUUUAUAUUUCUGCCAAUAUGUUUAUGUGUCUGGUGCUGUUUUGUUCUGUUGUUUCACCUUUCACUGUUUACAUUUCCUGCCUUUAUUUUUUUAUCUAUAUGUUUGGAAUAUAAAUAAGAAGUGGGAAGUUUUCACUUGACCAAACUGUCAUCAAAAGAGCAUCUUAUGCUGCCGUUUUUGUCUUAAUGUCGUCUUUUCUUUAUAGGGGUCAUGGAAACGUGCUCUCCCACUGGUCCAUGUUACACUUGGGGCACUGCAGUACAGUGUCUGUGAAAAGUGCAAAAAUAAACCCACUGGAAUUAUUA